CAGUAUCAAUUGUUUAGUUAACACAUUAUAUGGUACAUAAAAUCAUAGUAAAUCUGUAGACCUACUAUAAUAAAUCAUAAACUUUUUAUGCAAAAUAUAAGCAUCUGGUGCUUUAAACAUUUUAACUCUAUGGGUUAAACUGAUUAAAGAUGUCCAAAAUAGAGUAUAAAUGGCAUCUUUGAACAGUUAUGUAGGCACUGAAAAUUUAUAAAACAAAAUUAAACUUGCGAAUCAUUUCUUGUAUUUAUAGAACUUUGUGGUAAUUGUCCAGCAUACUUCACCGACCUGACCGAAAUGAGGUAUCGACUAUACUAUACUUAAUUUUUUCAUCUUACAUUAAUUUAUGAAAUAUAUUUUAAACAUAACAUUUUAAUAGAAAAUGCAUUGCAAGUCAGUAUUUAAAAAUUGAAACAGACCAUGCGCUGAUGGGUCGUAAAUCUUUUACAGAAGUAUCCCUGUGUGAUGUUAGCGCUGUGUACAUCAUUAGUCAGUGGUUUUCCAAAUGGAUAACACUUCCUCUUCAAAACAUCGGUCGGACAAGUAUUCUGAUAAGCACAGAGACAAAGAAAAGGAAAGCAGUCGACGAAGAAGCAGAUCAAAAGAUGGAAAAAGAUCACGUGAUAAGGAUAAGGAUAAGGAUUCACGCCGAUCAAGGGAUAGAGAUGACAAGAAGGACAGAGAACGUGAUAGAGACCGAGAUCGUGACCGUCGUGAUCGCGAUAAAGACCGCAGUAACAAAGAUAAAGAUCGCGACAAGGAAAAGGAACGUGAGAGAGAAAAAGAAAAACGACGUAAUAGUAAGGAUAAAGAGCGCAGUCGAGAACGCGACCGGAGUAGAGACCGGCGGUCCAACAAAAAGGAGCGUAGUGAUGAGAAAGAAAGGACUGAAUACAGGUCUAAAUCAAGAGGUGUUGAGCCUAAACUUGAUGACUUGCCACCUGAAGAGAGAGAUUUACGUACAGUGUUUUGCAUGCAAUUAUCUCAACGUAUUCGAGCCAAGGAUCUAGAAGAAUUUUUCUCCUCGGUUGGUAAAGUAAGAGAUGUCAGACUUAUUACAUGUAACAAAACCAGAAGAUUUAAGGGAAUAGCGUAUAUCGAAUUUAAGGAUGCUGAAUCUGUACCAUUGGCACUUGGACUUACAGGGCAAAAAUUACUUGGUGUACCAAUAAUCGUUCAACAUACACAGGCUGAGAAAAAUAGAGUAGGAAAUACAUUGCCAAAUUUGGCACCAAAAACUAGCAAUGGACCAACAAGAUUGUAUGUUGGAUCCUUACAUUUUAAUAUCACUGAAGAUAUGUUAAGGGGAAUAUUUGAACCUUUUGGCAAAAUAGAUCACAUUCAAUUAAUGACUGAUCCUGACACAGGAAAAAGCAAGGGCUAUGGAUUUCUAACAUUUCAUCAUGCACCUGAUGCAAAAAAAGCUAUGGAACAACUAAAUGGAUUUGAAUUAGCAGGCAGACCCAUGAAAGUGGGUAAUGUAACAGAAAGAACAGAUGGAGGCUCUAGUACACGCUUUGAUGCAGAUGAGCUAGACAGAGCUGGUGUCGAUCUUGGUGCAACGGGACGUUUGCAACUCAUGUUCAAACUUGCAGAAGGCACUGGGUUACAGAUACCUCCAGCUGCUGCUUCUGUGCUCAUGGGUGCAGGAUCAACCCUAGUUGCACCACAACCACAAGUUGCUCCACCAAUAGCAACUCAAUGCUUCAUGCUCAAUAAUAUGUUUGACCCAGCCACAGAAACAAAUCCAAGUUGGGAUAUUGAAAUCAGAGAUGAUGUUAUCAGCGAGUGCAAUAAACAUGGAGGUGUGUUACAUGUGUAUGUUGACAAAGCCUCCCCCCAAGGGAAUGUUUAUUGCAAAUGCCCAACUAUAGCAACUGCUGUGGCGUCGGUCAACUCCCUACACGGGCGAUGGUUUGCAGGUCGCGUCAUCACCGCAGCAUAUGUGCCUCUCGUCAAUUACCACUCCCUGUUUCCUGACGCGAUGACAGCACUCACGUUGCUUCUACCAACUCGACAACGAUAAACUACGUACAAUUUAAGCAUUUACUGCAAAGCAAUUUAAAUGUAAUAAAGACUAUUGAGUUAACAUUUUUAUUUAGGAUAUCUAGUGGUGUUCUGUAUUUUAGGCAAUAUAAUAACACAUUAUAUGUGAUUUCAUCA